GGUGGGGGGAGGGGCAUCGUGACGUAUUUCCGGCGAGUGGCUGGCGGCCUUUGACGCUGCUGUUGUGUUGGCCCCGGAGAGGGAGAGGGAGGCUCGGAGCCGCCGGAGCCGGAGCCGCCGCCCCAGGAGCCCCAGGCGGGCCCGAUUGAGCUACGAUAAUGUCGUUCAUCUUUGAGUGGAUCUAUAAUGGCUUCAGCAGUGUCCUGCAGUUUUUAGGACUCUACAAGAAAUCUGGAAAACUCGUGUUCUUGGGUUUGGACAAUGCAGGCAAAACAACCCUUUUGCACAUGCUCAAAGAUGACAGAUUGGGCCAGCAUGUUCCAACACUACACCCAACAUCCGAAGAGCUGACGAUUGCUGGCAUGACUUUUACAACUUUUGAUCUUGGUGGACACGAGCAAGCCCGGCGGGUUUGGAAAAACUAUUUACCAGCAAUUAAUGGGAUUGUCUUCCUGGUGGACUGUGCAGAUCAUCCUCGCCUCCUGGAAUCCAAAGUUGAACUCAAUGCACUAAUGACAGAUGAAACAAUAUCCAAUGUGCCAAUCCUUAUUUUGGGCAAUAAAAUUGACAGAUCAGAUGCGAUCAGUGAGGAAAGACUCCGUGAGAUAUUUGGGCUUUAUGGACAGACCACAGGAAAGGGAAACGUGCCCCUGAGGGAGCUGAAUGCCCGUCCCAUGGAGGUGUUCAUGUGCAGCGUGCUCAAGAGGCAGGGCUACGGUGAGGGCUUCCGCUGGCUCUCUCAGUACAUUGACUGAUGUGGGGGCAGUGAAAAUAAAAGCCUUUUACUUCUCUGGACUGAUCCUGUUCACAGCUUCCUCGUGGACUUUUCUCUCAUGACACGGAAAGCUCUCCGACCACAUCCUGGCGUUGGGAAAGCCAGGAGGAGCCUUGGGCAGCUCUCUGAUGGCCCAGUGGUGACACUUGUUCUUUUCCACCCUUUGGGGGGGAGCAGAGCGCCUCCCCACGGGCUGGGUGAAGCCGGCUCUUGUUCUCUGGGGCCCUCGCCUGCCGGGGCGCUUUGCAGGGGCAGCCGAAAAGAACAACUUGUCUCACCACUGUAGUCGAUAGAAAAAGAAAACGAUUCUAUUUUUUAAAAGAAGUGUUAUCAAUGUAAUCCGUGUCCCUUCCAACCUCUUCAGUUAACAUUCACUUGUUUAGUCCAGAGUCUAUAUUAGGGUUUUUUUUUAAUCUAUUUAAUGGCAUUUAAAUAUUUUACAAAAAUACUGAGCAAAUAUAUUUGAGACCCACAAUUAAUCUAGGUUUGGGUGUGGCUGCCCUGUAGGUCACUUGGCUCUGUUGGACUAGGCAGAUUCUGGAUCAGAUGCUUUCAUGGCCAGGUGCUUCAGUGAGGUCUCUUGGAGCUCACCUAUCUUGGUAACUGCCUUGCCUUAGAAGGUGCUGGUUUGAGGUACUUAGUUUUUCCUCCUGCUGCAUGGAGUACUAGGAGAGGGACAACAUCUUGGUGUCCAGUUUUGUCAACAGGCUUUCUGCAGCAGUAGAUUAGGGUCAUUAAUUAUCAAAGGGGCUGAUCAUUUGCAAAAAAAAAAAAAAUUAUUAGAAAAGUGCACAGCAUUCAACUUGCUUAUCGUAAAAAGGUUAUGAAUUUAAGCCAGGUUCUGUUUUUAUACUAUCUUUUUCACUCCUGCCUAUAGCACCUUCUUUCUUCCUUUUAUUAAAAAAUAAAAAGCUGACUUAAUCCUCCCCAGAAAGCAGUGGGACCAAAACCAAACAUUCUGCUUCAUUGCAUGCUGCAGAGGUCUUAAGUCACUUCUGCACACAGGGAACCAUCUUCCAAGGACAACUGAUACACAGGGGAGCUUGAGAUGAUUGGAUUCUCCAUGGACUAAGAACUGGAUCUGAUGGGAGAUUCCAGAAAGGGUAACUGGGGGUAACUGAAUGACUGAAUUACAGAAGCAGGGUUCAUAGGCUGUUCCUGAGAUAUUGCUUUCCCACAAUUUACCCUUUUCCCCCAUCAGAGAUCUACAUUCCAUCAAUCAGAUUAGCCACGAUCUUGAACCAGUGUCAUCCAUUGUUAGAAGCUACUGUUGACAUCAGUAAAUCUGUGUUACUGGCUUCCCAUUUCUUUAAUGCCACAUGAAACUGGACUUCUCUUAACUAACUCUUAACUUGCUCCUUGGCAAUAAGAACUAAGAUGACUAUCAAGAUAAAACCUACCUUUACUGGUUGUCUAAGAUACGUCCCUACCCAGCAUUGGAUGCGGCAGUGAUGGUCUGUUUAGAGGGGUCUGGACUAUAUUGGGCUUACGGGAAGAAGGGGAGAAAUGGACAAGACGAUGUCUUGGAAUAGGAAGAGUUGGUGUAAUUCUUCAGUCAAGCUUGUUGUUCUUGAUCCUCAGUAUUGACGCGCUGGAGUUCCCUAUGGCCAAAUACCUAAGUAGUUUAGCACACGACAGAUGCCAUAGUUUUCCUGUCCGAAGGAGGCUCCUAUUUUUGAAAAUUUUGCAGUUAUUUCUUAAAGCAGCAAAGCAACAAAAUGAAAGUUUAUGUGGGUCUGAAAGGGGCAGAUGUUCACUAAAGUGAACAAAUCUAGUUAGAAUGACUGAACCAAAUAGUGGCCUUGCUUGUCUUUUUUUGCAAGAAGCUGCUUCCUACAUGGAGACUUGGGAAGGGUGGUACUUCGAGCUAAUUUUGCUCUGUAGUAAGCUAGACAGCCAUUGCCCCAAGCUAGGGCAACCUUCUGUGAAAGUGGUCUGUAUUUACCACUGGAGAAAGAAGGGGUAAAAGUGAGUGGAACCAUCUCCUCCUGCCCCAUGGUGUAUGCACCAUUCCUCUACAGGGACUGCGGAGAAAUACAGCCAACGGAAGCUCAACAUGUGACUACAUCAAAGGUCCAGGGCUGCUUAGAGACAUUACUGUGAAUGGAAACUUCAUUAUGUUGUAUCAAGGUGUCUGCUGUUCCCCUUUCUGGAAAAGUGAAGCAACCUUUUGCAAAAGAAGGUCAUUCUGUAUCCAAUGCAUUUUAAUAAAAAGUUAAAAAAAAAAAAAGCUUGCCACUGAAUGCACUAAUCUAGUUAUGGUUUGACCACAGUGUGUGUCUCAUGUCCCCAGAAAACCUUGAGAAAGGGAGAAAAGAAAGGAGCCAAGGUAACUUACCUCAUAAAAGGGUCCCGGUGCAUUCUGAAAUCCCAUUUCUCUAAGUGCUUGAAGUCAGUUUGUCAACAAGCAUUAAUUUGUAAGUGUUAAAUACCUACCAUAUACCUGGCACAGUGCUAAGAGCUUGGGGUACAAAGACAAAAAAUAAGAAACUUUAUAUUCUCAAGAAACUUACAUUCUGUUGGCUUUUAAGAAUGUAUAGGAGGAAUGCAAAAGGAGAAGGCAGGACAUUAGUACUUCAUGUGGAGUUGAUUUUUGAGUUGGGCCUUUAUGUGACAAGGGAGAGGAAGGAGUGUGUUUGUACCUUGGGGGUGAGAUAGAAUAGGGAGUAUACAAAGGCAGAUAUGAUUGAUGGUCUGAUGUGUGUGAAGAACGGAGAAUGUGGAAGGGGACUGAUGUGUAAUGAGGCUGGAAAGACAGGAUGGGGCUUUUAAAAUCAAACAAGUUGGAGUAGGGAGCCUCUAUGGUCUUACUGAUUGGUGCAGGGACAUCGUUAUCUGUGCUUAGGGAGGGUCACAUUAGCAGCUGUGUGGACGUUAAGAUUAUAGAGAAGUGAGAUGUGAAGCAGGGAGACAUCCAGAAGCUAUCAUAUAGGCAAGGGGAGCAGAGAUAGGGCCUAAACUAAAGGGGUUGCUGGCCAAAUAGAAGGAAACAGUUUUUGAGGUAGAAAUAGCAAGGUUUGCCAACUGAUUGAACAUGCGGUAUGAAAUUUGAGGUUUACAAAAUGGUGCCUUGGGCAUUAGGCUGCCAUUUUACAGAAAAAGAAACCACCUCAGGUUAAAAUGACUUGCCCAUUGUUCACAGGGCUCAAGUGUUGGAGCUGGGAUCCGAAUCUAAAUUUCUGACCGAUGCCAGCCCUCUUUCCACUACAAGGAGAUGCUUCAGUUUUUAGUAGGUUUGGUGUUUUGAUUAUCCUUGAAAUUUGUAGGGAGAGCAUUUGGGUGCUUGAUCAAAGGUAAGGAGGGUCUUAUUGGAGCUCAGCGUGUCAUUACUACAAUGGGCACAAGAAUCCAAAGGAUUGCUAUUUAACCUCAGGUGAGAAGUGGGACCACCCUGCCCUAAGCCAAACAACAACUCGUUGGGUUUUUAACAAGCCUCAUCCAUGGGAUAAAUGCGAAAUAGACACCUUAAAGUGCUGGUACAGAUUGGAAUUGAAAACAAAAGGACUGGUCUGAGGUAGUAAAUUGUCACUUUACUGAAGCUGACUUCCCCAUUGGGCAAUCUUGGAACACUGAAGGGGUGUGUCUGUGUUGUCUUGAGCUGAACUGGAGGGUGACAAGGUCCACACUUUGAGAAGAUUCUUAUGAAACAGCAGUGAGCAGUAGUGAAUAGAAUGCUGGUUGUGGGUUCAGAUUCUGCCGAAGACAUCAGCUGCCUGACCACAGAAGUCAAUGAACUCUCUGUAAAACAAAUACUUAUAGCACCUCAAAUGGUUCUGAAGAUCAAUUAAGACUAUGAAAAGCUUUAUAUAAAUGCCAGCAGUAAUGAUUUUUUAAGCAAUUUUGUGACUUGGGGACAUGAAAGUUCUGGACCAUUUUCCACAGCACCCAAUGCUAAUUGCUUCAGUAUCUUUAGGGGAAGAUCAUUGAAUUCUAGGGAGGAAAAAAAACUCAUUGCUGGGAGUUAGAAUAGUUAACAGCACUUUUACAAUUAUUAGGUCAACUUGUGGGUCUGGCCCAGCCCCAAAAAGGGGCCAAGUGUCCAAAGGAAAACCAUUAAUUAUGGCCCCUUUUGCGGUUCUAUUGUGAAAGAUAAUUAUUAGCCUGAGUGAGACUUUGUGCCUUGAUUAUGUGUUGUGAAAAUAUUAAACUUCUUUAAACACUUCC